GUACACAGUCAGGGAUACGAUAAGGAGGCGACUCAUAUAUGAUAGUAACCGCAGAAUAUAGCUGUUGUAGUUCAGUAUCAGAAAUAGGAGCAGUAAUAGUACUACAUUAGUAAUAACAGUCAGAACAGAUGAACGGUAACGCAUCAGGUAGUCCUGAAUUACUGACAGCACCUGAACGCGUCAGUCUGCGGUGCAGCUGGGUCGGUACUUUCGGUCUCAGAAAAAACCGUGACAACAAUGAGAUAGCAGUAAUUUCAUUCACAGGUUGCCUCUGCACAGCCAAUUGUGAUAAAAGGGAUUAACAGGCGAUCACAGCGGGAUUUACCGUGAAGCUGAACCGGGUCUUAAUGACGUUUAGUAGCAACAUUGUUUGAGCAAAGAGCCGUGCCAACAAUACGCCUUUCAACUCAUUCUGGAAAGACAAUUGAGUCCCUAUCCUCAAUGUCUAAACUACCGGGACAUGCAGGUGUGUCGCUGCUCGGGGACAAGUCUCUGGAGUUUUACCGGGACCCGGUGAGCUUCUACCGGCAGAGAAUCGAGAAACACGGGAGCAGAGUGUUUCAGAGCCGUCUGCUGAACAGACCGACCGCCUUCAUCUGCUCCGUGCUGGGCAUGAGAGAGCUGCUGUGUGAGAAGUCCAACUUGUUUGUGAAAGAUCCAACUGAUUUGAUGACCAACGUGUACGGUGACACAGUUGUAACCACUAAUGGUGAAGAGGCAUGUCUUCUCCGUCUGUCUCUCACCAGCCUGUUUACAGGACAUUGUUUAGAAUCAUGGAGUGAUUAUAUCACCAGUGUAUGUGAGCGCUGUCUGAAGGACCUCUCUCUCAGUGGCCAGCCAGAGUGUGUGUACACAGUGUUUAAGCAGCUGGGGACGGAGUUGGUGUUGGGCCUUUAUCUGAACGUGCGACCUGAAGAGCAGCCUGAGCUUUUCCAGGAAAUCACUCAACUUUGCACCCAGCACUGGCAUGGUCUGAUCUCUGCUCCACUGAAUGUGAAGGUUCCUAUGUGGUCGUCAGGUUUCUCCACUGCUAUGGAGGCCAGAGACAAACUGAUGGAAAUCAUCAAAGACAAACUGGAAAAUGACACACAGGGUUUUGUCGGCUCUCUUCGGGCUUUGCCACUGCCUGACUCCAGUUCCGCCUCCCAGCAUCUCCUGCUGUUCAUCUCGGCCCUGAUCCCCAAAGCUCUGGCAUCUCUGCUCACCUCAUUCACGCUGGCACUCAGUGGAAACGAGCAGGAGGAGACCCGACGGCGAGCUUUGACGGACCCUGUGUACAUGCAGGGAGUGCUGCUGGAGGUUCAGAGACUCUGGCCUCCUUUCAUUGGUGGACGUAGAAUAGCUGAUCAGGACUCCACCCUCGCAGGCUUUCAUGUCCCAAAGGGUCACGGUGUGAUGUAUAUCAGCCAUUCUGUCCACCGUGACCCGGAGGUGUUCCAGCAGCCGGAUAGCUUCUUGCCGGAGAGAUGGAGCGGAAGGAAUGCAGGCCAGGAGCACUUCCUCUGUUCCUUUGGCAGUGGGCCCCGGAACUGCAUUGGAGUGAAACUUACAGAUGCCUUUCUUAAGGAGGCGUGCAUGUACCUGUUAAAGCACUACGACUGGUGUUUGGAGCCUCCAUCGCAGGACCUUGAGUUCAAAUGGCUGCCUGUGUCUCGCCCCGCCAACCCCCCCACCGUCUCCUUCACCCAACUGGAUCCAACUAGAUACGACAAGAUCGACACUAGAUAGGAUGCACAGUGUGUGUAGUGAUGUACCAAUUUUUUAAUUUUUAAUUUUUAUAAAUAAAACCAUUCGACCAUUAUAAACUACGGAUGGGAAGGUUCACCUUUUGGCAUCGGUGGACCAGCAUAAACAUUCACGAUGCAAUUGACCUAAUUAAAAAAAAGUGCGCACCAGAUACACUCUUUGCACCUUUUGACUGGAGCUGCUCACGGAGCAUAUGCAUCUAAACUGGAGAACUACAACUGGAGCACUACAAAGCCUGUUUGUAAAAGGUAUAAAUGGUUUGUAUUCUAGCUGUAAUGAUCUGUUCGAAAUGUAGGCUGCAGUCUACGCAUCAGACAACUUGAAGUGUAUUUCCGUGUGGUGCAGCAGAGGGCGCUCUAAAUCUUAGACUAGCUUGACUCACUGCUUGCUGUAUUGACGUUUGGAAAUUAAGCUAAUGUUAAUGUAAUGUUGUUUUAUUAGAAUGGAGGACAAAUAGAGAGCAUCCUAAGCAGACAAUCACAACACAAAACAUCUGAAGGUGUGUGGGUUUGGGUUCCACACUUUGGACGCCAAAGUCACAAGGAUGAAGCUGUUUGGAAGUGGAAUGCGCAUUCAAAUUAAGUCGAAUAAUUUACGGGUCAUUUCGAUUUUGUUCGAACUUAAUUUUUUUUAAAGUGACAGCCCUAGUGGUUUUUUAGGAUCAAAAAGAAACAGCAUAAAAGAGGUGCCACUGAGCUGCCGUAUUUAACAAACAAAUAUGUAAAGUAAAAACGGCACUUUUCAGUUAAUUUAGUAUUUGCUGUAUAUAAAAUAAAACUCUGUACAUUAUUGAGUUGCAUUGCAUAAUUUUUUUUGCUUUGCGUCAAAUUACAUUCAGAUUGUGUCCAGUCAUAUCAGUCGUUGCUUGAAUGUAUUGAAUUGUUUGCAAUGUCUCCAAAAUGACGGCUCUGGAUCAAAUGUGCCUGUCUAGAAUGUGCAGGAAAAGCUGGAGCACACAGAGGGAAGCCAGCAAACUGCGAGGCUUUCCCCUGCUGCGUAUGAUACAGUAAUCAUUGUGGGGAAAGCCGAGGAGUGUGCUGGUUUCACUCUGUGUGUUCCUCUGCCAGAUACUCUGCUGCUCUCCUUGACAAAUCUACAGUGGAAGACAAAAUGAAUGAGUCAUGAUAAGUCCUCCAUUGUCAAAUCUGACACUACUAGAUGGCAAUUUUUGGUCCUUUUUUAAAGUCAUUUAUUAUAUGGUAGUUAUAAAAAGAUUCACCGCAUUGAAUUAAAUCACUUUACUUAACCUUACUCAUACAUCACAUGUUCUACAUUGAAUUGAAAUGUACCUUAAUUACCUUCAACUAACCACCCAAAACUGUAGCUUUUAUGUUGAAGAAGUAGCAUUAUUCUCACGCUGUCCUAUCAAUAUUUAACCUAUUAAAUCGUAAGGAAACACACGUGCACACAGGAAUACAGAGGUAAACCCUCAGAUUCCAUCACUGCCUCCAAACCUGUCCCCCCCCCCCCACCACCACCUAGCAACCACCACUGCUUAGCAACAGUUCGUCAAACCGACACUGACUUGCUUCCUCUUAGUAUGCAAGUCUCACACAAAUACAUGCACACACACACUAACCUGGUUAUUUUUGAAAGCAUUCAGUCGGCAGUGAUACACACACACCAUCUGAAUCACACGUAAAUGAUGCCAGAAGGCGCUCCAGAGCACACGGCUAAAUUUGAAAUAACCCCAGUGACCUGAAUGAUAAAGCACAUGAAUCAUAGACAGAGUAUUCAGAUGAAGCGUCAGGUACUUUGAUAUUAGUCAGUUUUAAUUGUCUUUUUGUUCAUAUUCAAGUGAAUUCUUUGUGUUACCGUAAAUAUUAUGUAUAUUUUUGCACUGAUCUUUAUGUGUAAUGGUUUGAUGAAUGAGGCAGUGUCUAAUUUCAUGUAAUGUUAAUCAGAUAUACAUGUUUUGAGAUAAUAAGACAUAUACUCUCAAUUAUCAUGUUACCUUGUU